GCUGUCGUACUCGCAUGCAGGGCAGUAUACAACACGCCGCCUGCCCGGCCAUAACAACACGAGCCGUAGCAGCAGCACCAAUACACGCGCAAAAGUCAGUCCGAAAGUUUCUGCAGCUGCUAUUGUCGUGUCAGGCUGCAGCGCGACAAAAUAUACAGUAGAAUAUAGUGCAUCAUCGCUGUUCUGUGUUUAUAUACAUACAUUUGUACACCGCGACGCAUUUGAAAAUUGCACUGCUCUAUGCAGCGUGUCUGUGCUUCAAUUAUAACAUAGGCCUACUAUAAGCUUGCGGUAUUAUAUGUGUGCAAGCGGUUGCUAUAGACGCGCCGCGAUGAUCGAUUUACAUCGUUCUGGCCUGUCGAUGCAACAACGGCUGACGAUCAGCCAAUAAAACCUGCGCGGGGACACGAUUAUCUUAUAAACGGAGCGCGCGAGUCGAUUGCCGCAGGUUUUGACACUCGAUGCCGACGCUACCAACAUGUCCCAUCGUCUUCUCUGCAGCUCCAAAGCUGACAGCAGGACCAUCGACGAUCAGCAGCAGCAACAGCAGCAGGAGCAACAGUUAGGUAACGAGGCGCGACUGAAUUUCAAUUGCAUCCCAGCGCAGUAGUGGUGACCAUCGUCAUCCUUCUGCUACUACGCUAAAACGCGAUACCGCUAUCAUAUGAUAUACGCAUGCGAACAUCAUCAACCUCCACCUUAUGCUCCGUCAGCAGCUGAUUAUAUUUUGUUGUACUGCAAGUAGAUUCGUUGUUUAUGCUUUAAUGCGUGUUACAUGUGGAUGCGUGUGUGUGCAAGCGCCGUUCUAAAUCAGCAGUGACUGCAUGCGUGUGUGCAUUAUUACCUGGCGCACACAUAUCCGUAUUAUAUACAGCAGGCCAGAUCCAGUGGCGCGACCACCAGUAGCAGCAGCCACGUAUGUGUGCAGUCGACUAUAUAUAUACGCAUGCUGCAGCUUGCAAACCUACAACAGCAGCGGUAUAACGGAGGAUAAAUUUUCGUUUCUUGAAUUAACGAAUAUAUCGGUACAUAACGAUAUACACCGAUAUCCAUCGAGAGUCAUGCUCGUCGUUGCUUGAUUAUCGAGAGCAGCAGCAGCAGCAGCAGCAGCAACACAAGUCGUCGCGAGAAAGGUGGAACGCGGCGAGCGCGAGUGUCACACAGUGUACUACACGUCUAUAUUUGGGGAAGGGUAAAAUAAAAAGAAAAUAAAUAAAAACAACGACGACAGUCACGACGACGACGAGGGGCGACAUCAAUAGCCUUUUUCGCGUCGUCCGCGCAAGACUGUCUCUUUCUCGGUAAUACGGAGUUGGCGCUCCUCCGUAUAUUAUAUGUGUUUGGUGUCUUGUUGUGCUACGUGUGUUUAUCUCUGUGUGUAACAUGUAGAUGUAUCUGUGUAUUAUUAUAUGUGUUGCUCCGAUUAUAAAAAUCCGCAGACUGCAGCUGUAAUAGAGACAAUAGCCAUCGCAGUUUCCAAGAUCGGAUUUCGCGCAGUGCAUUUAAACUCUCCGCAAAGUGGAGUAGAAUAAUCGUUGGGAAAGACGAAAUACUCGAGAGUAGCGAAGAGCCAAGGUCAAAACGAGAGAGCGAGCGAGAGGAGAAAAGUAAUCCAAAAGAACUACCGACAUGAAAACUCAGAGAGCUGUAAGUUUCGACGAGUCGUCGAUGGAGAGUUGCUUGUUAGCUGAUCAUUUGCAGAGUCGCGGCCUAUCAACGGCGGCGGAGCAGCAGCAGCAGCAGCAGCAUCAGACUCAGCAGCCGCAGCAACUUCAUCAUCAGCACAAACAGCAGCUGCAUCAGACUCAGCAGCAGCAGCAGCAGCAGCAACAGAGUAACGAGUUACUGCUAUUAGGCAGCGAGGAGGUACAAAGUUUAGAGGAAGCCAAGCGAGUCAUCGGGGCGCUUAAAGCCCGACAAAGAGCACAAGCCCAUCAGAUGCUCGCUUGGCGCAGGACACUUAAGCUGCAGGAAGAGCUGGUGGCUCGUCUGACGCGCGAAAAAGCCGAUCAGUUGCGCAGCCUGUCGUCUCAGCUACUGCUGUUCGAGUCGCGACUGUGCCGCAAGCAGAAGGAGAUCGAGGCGAGCCUGGCCCAGCGCGAGUCGAUAAUCUUGCGCCAGCAGAAGGUCAUCAAGCAGCUGCAGAGCAAGCUCAGGAUCGCCUGCAACGAGCUCCUCGUCAACAACAACAAUCAUCACGGCAGCAGCAACAGCGCCAGCAUGAAGCAGUCGGCCGACACGGCGAGCCUGUUGCUGCUCCAGCAGACCAUGAUGAGGGACUCGUCCGCCUCGCCGCCCUGCUGCGACGCCUUCGACCGGCUCGACAGUUUGGGCGACAGCGACAGCGCCGUCGUGCUCGAGGAGGCCUUCUCCGACGACUUUACCCCGCCAAGAUUCCGUUCGAACUAUACCGAUGUGACGCUCAUCCGAUCCGUGUCGGACGCCGUUGAACCAAAGUACAAUCUGUCGUCGAGGCGCAGCAACGGCCUACUGCGCAGGCCUGAGGUCCUCGAGACCGUCUACUCGGUCGAGGAGGACGCCGACGCGGACAACAACAGCGGCUCCGCGAACAACACAGCCAAGUCGGCAUCCAACAACGCCGAUCAGAAGCACCAGCAGACAGCUCCGAGCGACGAGAUCGAGGCCGACGAGGAGGACAACGUCAGCGCCGACGCCUCGACGCAGCAGCGGCGGCGGCUCUACCAGCACCAGCACCACCAGCAGCAGGUGCAGUCCUCCUCGCCGGACGAGAACAAGCGACUCAGGGACAUCUACGGGAGCUUCGAGAGGCUCGAUCGAGAGCACAAUCAUCACCAUCAGCAUCGGCAGGAGUAUGACAGCAGCGGCAGGUCGUCGUGCAAGCAGCUGCUCAACAGUCACAACUGCUGCGGUCAACUCUCGGGCAAUCAGAGGAACAGCAGCCGAGACGACAGCCAACAAGCUCAGGUCACUUACAAUCGAGUCAUGAGCAAUCACAGAUCGGUGACCAAGCCAAAGGACGUCAAGUACAAACGCAUCAACAAAGCCAAAUCGAAGAGCCUGGAGGAGCUGAGGGGACGGCUGCGCAACUGGGUGGAAAAGGGCAACAAAAUUGCCAUAUCGCUGGACCAGUCCUACGCCUGAUAGUAGCCGCGCGAUUCUUCGUCUUCCGCUUCUUCAAAGACCGAGGAAUCGCCGCGAUCAAUCAAUCGAAAUAGUCAUUGAGAUUACGAAGAUAAUCAUCUAACAAAUUGUGAUAUUCGUAAGGAAUCGUAUCGCCUGACCGCGACGUGCGUUUACCUUGGGGAAGCUGUGCUCGGCGCAGUGUCCCGGUACGUGCAGCGGGGUGCCCUGAAAAACCUGCAUUAUACAUGCAGACGGGGGACGAUGAAAAAAAAUUAAGCGAGACUGAUUCGCUAUUGUUAUUUCAUGUAUAUAUAUAAAAAAAAGUGUACUCGUCUGCACUACAACACGCUUGUCUAGUUCGACUCGUGCUUCGUUAUAAUGUUUAAAAAUGUUCUGGUGACGUUCGCGUAUAUGCGGCCUCUACAACACGAAACUCAAGUUUCAUGCCAAGAUUCUCGCACCUUUGUAUCCUCUCUCAAUCA